AUGCCAUACAGUUGCGACAUUUGCAAUAAAGCCUUCUCAUCAAAAAGUAGUCAAGUAAACCACAUGAGAGUUCAUACACAGGAGAAACCAUAUAACUACUUUUUAUCCACUUGCACGGUGAUUAUGAGUUUCCUCGGCGACGCGCUUCCUUCAGCCCCACUCACAGGCAAGGAAAUAGUUGGCACAGGAGUCAGUUUCAUAGAAGAGCUCAUUGAAGAUGUCACUGAAGAUACAUGCCUGGAAAUUAAAGAGGAGCUGCUUGAUUAUGGAGAUGAAGCGAGAAAUGAUUUGUGUAACAUGAAUAUAAUACAUGAAAGUCAUUUCUUUCAUAACCUUCCUGAUCUAAGACAUGAGGCACAUGCAAAAGACUUAUGUAACUUGGUUCAGGAUUGUAAUGACAUGUCAAAAGUGUCAUUUGGGGCUAAGGACUGUGGGAAGACGUGUUCAUCAGAUGGGGUUCAGGUGUGUGGCAAGGAAUUGUCUAAAGAGAGUCACAUCAGGAUUCACAUGAGAGUCCACACAAAGGAGAAGCCAUACAACUUUGAUAUUUGCAAUAAGACAUUCCCAUCCAAAAGUGAUCUUGAAAGGCACGAGAGCUGCGAGAUUUGCAACAAUGCAUUCUCAUGUAACCUAGUAGCGCACAUUAGAGGACACACCAAGGAGAAACCAUACUGCUGUGAGAAUUGCAACAAGGCCUUCUCAUAUAAAGGUAGUCUAGAGAUUCAUAUGAGAAGGCAUAGAAAGGAGAAGACAUACAGCUGUGAAAUUUGCAAUAAGGCCUUCUAUUUGAAAAGCCAUGUAAUUCCAGUCAUCUCUCUAGGUAGUCUACACUUCAGGGCAAUGGAAAUAAAAAUAUGUAACACUCUGUUAUUUGUGUCAGUUUUUAUCAGUGAUACAACCUUUGUCUCUUAUUGCACAAACAAAGCUACAAUUACAGUGCUAAUAAUGAGUAAUAUUAUUACACCGUCCUAUGCCCGUUAUUGCUGUGGGGCGGUAUCCCGUUUAGUCCAGCCAAAAGGGAUCGAUUUUACAGCCGCCUUCCACGGAGAAUGCUUUUCUCUCCCAGCAAUGUCUCCAAAGACAAAGGCUGCCGUAAGUCCUCCACCAAUAUUGCCAAGAUUACUCCCUCAUGAUGUUUGCCCCCAAUACCUAUGCCUGUUUUUGCCAUGGGAGACUUAG